GUGGAUCUGAAUUCGGAUAUUCGCUUCUUUUUAUCAUAUUUCUUUCAAAUAUUAUGGCAAUGUUAUUGCAAGCAUUAUCCAUAAAAUUAGGCGUUGUGUCAGGGCUGGCUGAAGUUAUUGGUAGUGCAAUUGCUAUGAAUCUUCUUUUCAAUCUUCCAUUACCAGCCGGUGUUGCUAUAACUGCAUGUGACAUCUUAUUAAUUCUGUUAAUCUAUCGAGAUAAUGACAUAAAAGCUGCUCAU